AUCCAAUAAUCCAUUUUAUUUUUUUGUUGAAAUCCAUAAUACAUAAAGAAAAAAAUCUUCUAAAAAUUAAAAGUGGAGAUAAACAGAUAAUAAACAGCUUUUUUUCUAUAUAUCAACACUGGCAAUAGGUCAUUAUAGUUAGGCUAAUACCCAGAUUUAAUAAAAUUGCACAAGCUAUCCAUUAGUCUGGAAAUCAUACCAACGGUAAAAAAUCAUUUGCCUCCUUUCUUUAACAUCGUUCUACUACAGCGUUUUAAUGGUUGGAUUCAUACAUUGCGCUAAAAAAAGAUUAGUUUGUCUUCGGUUUCGCGUGAUUAUGUGAAGCCCGUCUUUGCUUAACCAACCGCGAUUUUAAAACGCACGCGAACCGUCUUCUAUUCACGCACACACGUGUCCGAUAAAGAAACCUGCUGACACGUGAAACGGAAAUCUGUUUAUGACAAAUCCGGAACGCCUGUCCAGCUCCAGUUUCUUUUUCUUUUCUAUUCUAUUUUUUUCUACGGGUGACUCGAGGCGCAGUUUAGCUGCGGAAGCGUAGAUGGUUGCAGUCCGGCUUAGAAACCGUAACGGCACAGGAAGGGGUUGGCUCAAGACCGCGGGGCCGUGUGUGGCCAGCAACGGCGGACGAAUCCGGAGGAAUAGAUCCGGGGUGGAGAAAAGAAAGAAAGAACAAAAGGAGAGAGGCGGCCCGCUGUUCCACUCGUGUGUUCAUUUAUGUAUCUUCUCAUUUAUUCCCCUGAGUUACUUUAACGUCGAAAGUGCGCCUCGGAGCCCUUGGCAGAAUCCGCUCCCUUUUGAGAUUUAGGCCCACCCAGCCCCGCAUGAUCUGGGCCGGGGAUAGACGCUGAUUGCUGCUUCGCGGGGAGCACGACCUGAGUGAAGACUGCCGCAGCUCGGGGUCGUUUGGUUUUCCCGGGGGCGCUGCAGCCGUUAACUCUUGAGCACCCACAGGAAUCCUUUUGUUUAAGCAGAUUAAAGAUGAUGAGAGAAGAGGAUAACCUGGUGAAAGAGGAGGAAAUUCUAUCAGAGGAGGAGGAGGAGGAAGUAAAAGAGGAGGAAAUAUUCACAAUUAUAGCGGAUGAAGAACACCUGGUGAAAGAAGAGACAAUAUUUGAGGAGGAGGAGGAAGAAGAAGAAGAGGAUGAGGAAAAUCUGGUAAAAAUAGAGGUGAUUCUCCCAGAGGAUGAAGAAAAUCUAGUAAAAGAGGAGGUACUUCUUCCAGAAGAAUCUUCCCUUCUGGAAGAAUAUGAAAUCAAUGUUUUUCAAAUCCAAGGGGAUGAAAUACCCUGUGACAGUGAACUUGGUCCUGAGAUCUCAGGUUAUAUUCCAAGAAAGAGACAUUGUAAAACCAUGCCACGGGCAGGAACUGUUGGAGAACCCAACCAAGCCACAGCCCGGAAGGGUGGAAGAAUCUAUAAAUGCCCUGACUGUGGAAAAAUCUUCAAGCGCUGUUCACCACUUAUCAGACACCGCAGAACCCAUACUGGAGAGAAACCUUACGUUUGCCGUGAAUGCUUGAAACGUUUCAGUGACAGCUCAGCCCUUGUGAAGCACCAAAGAAUCCAUGCAGGAGAGAAACCUUACACAUGUCCCGAGUGCGGUAAGAGCUUUUCCCAAAGCUCAACCCUGAUUGCACAUCAGAGAAUACACACCGGAGAGAAACCAUAUAAAUGCCCUGACUGUGGGAAGAGUUUUAGCGUGAGCUCUAAUCUUGUUGCUCAUCAAAGAAUCCACACAGGAGAAAAGCCUUUUGGGUGCCCUGUCUGUUUAAAAGGUUUUCUGGUCAGCUCCCAUCUUAUCAGACACUUGAGAAUACACACUGCAGAGAAACCUUAUAUUUGCAGAGAAUGUGGUGAAUGCUUUACCCAAAGCUCUCACCUUGUUGUUCAUAAGAGAAUCCACACGGGAGAAAAACCCUAUCUGUGUUCUGAGUGUGGAAAAAAUUACCGUGGGAUCUCCGAUCUGAUCCAGCAUCAAAGGAUUCACACAGGAGAGAAGCCCUACAAAUGCACAGAGUGCGGCAAAUGCUUCAGCCAAAGCUCUUGUCUCAAGAAGCACCAGCGAAUCCACACAGGCGAGAAACCUUACAUGUGCCUCAGGUGCGGGAAGAGAUUUAACCGGAAUUCACAUCUGACUAGGCAUCAAAAAACCCACGUGGGGUAAUUUCUAAAGAAGAGUUUUCUGCAAGUUCUCCUCUAUUACAGCCCCCUGAAGAAAUAGUGAUGGAUUCUCAAAUAGUAAUCUGUUCCUCAUCUCCUGUAGGAUCUUUUGUCCAAAUCCCUUGAAACUUGCAAGAGUAUAAAAAGAUUUGGAUAUGUUACCAGGAUGCCUUUGCAAUGUUUUCUUCUCUGGCACUGGUUAAGAUCCUCUUUCUAGAUUCCCUCCUUUCCAUCCAAGAUUCUAAUAGGAUCUUAGAAACUUCCCUGGAAUAUCUAUACUUUUCCUUGUUACGAUUUUGAAAAUGACACCCCAUUUCAAACACCUUCAGGCAUAUCAGCCCUUACUUUUUCCUGGAUUCUGAGAAUAUCUUAACCUUCUACUAUCCCUCAGGUUUCCACAGUGAAAGAAUUGAAAGCUGUGAAAAGUUGUGCUGAUAGCAAUGGAGGAGAAACAAUUAGCACUCAUAUCAAACUCUGAUGAGAUCAAUCUCUUUUAUUUGUAAUGCAGUAGCACAUGAAAACAGCAAAUAUUAUUACCACAUGAAAUUGACAUACAUCCUCCAGUGGACUGCUUCAUGGUUUCAUGCUGCCACUGUUUAAAGCCAAUGGAAAAUUGCAUGUGAGAAAAAUCUGCUUUACUUUGUCCAUUAUGGGGUUUGUCAUAAGGCAGAGAAGCGGUCCCGAUUUAGUGUAUUUCCUUGACCCAAUGACCCCCCCCUUUCUUUAUUAUUUUUAAUAGUAGACUAUAGAAACUUCACUGCUUGGAAUCUGAGUUAUAAACUUGAUCAUCCUGUGCUUGGUGACUCUUCAUUGUGGCUGUCCCCAAAGCUGGCAGGUGGAUGGGUGGUGGGUGGGGGAAGGUCAUAGAAUACUUGCUGAGAGCACAUUCUUGUAUGCAGCAGGCCCUGGUUUUAAUCCCUUGCUUUUUCAGCUUAAAACAUCUUGGAUAACAUGAGUGGGAAAGACUGUUGCCAUAGAACAGUACUGCUAAUCGAAAUAAAAGUGCUGGGUGAAACAGCUGAACGAUCUGAUAUAAGCUCCAAUUCUUGGCAUCUGUCUUCACGGAUGUCAUGUCACACCCUAAGAAGCACAAAAAGCAGAUGGCCUUCCUUGGUAUUACUGAAGAACAAUCUGGCAUCUUAUGUAGCCUAGUCACUGCCAUGCAUUUGUAGGCUUGUAGUGACAAUAUCAGAGAUUUAAAUUGUCAAUGCUAUUAUUUUUCUAUUUUUUUUUACUUUUUAGUGGAAUUUAUUGAACAUUUUGGAGUAGAUUUCCCUGUCAAGUGACAAUAGGAUAGUGGCUAAAAGACUGAAAUAUGCAUCGGAAAGGUUUCGGUUUCAGUGUCGACACUGAGAUUCUUGCUUGGUGGCCUUUGGCAAGUAUUUUCUUGAUGUAAGUCAGACCUGUAAAAUUUGCAGUAUGAGGAUUAUAGCCCUUAUUUGCUUAUAAAAUUGUUGCAAAGGUUAUACAGCUUGAACAGCUUAAAUGUGCUCCCUAAGCACACUUACUACUGUGUUUCUCCUUCGGUUUGGGAUAAUUUUCACACCCCUUGAUGGUAAAAUGUGAGUUCUUCUAAUACCGGUAGUCCUCGAGUUAUGAAGGUUGACUAUUUGAAGUUACAGCAGACCUCGCCCAACCAAAAAAAAAAGCUCUACAUAAGAUCUCAUUCCAAAGUUAUGAUGUAUUCUGACCUAGGCUUCCUUAGAAAUUAAACAGCACAAACUUUGUCCCGGCAAACCUCUUUAAUUCAUACGGCUGUAAAUUACUUUCAUUUACAGUCCACAAGGCUUGAUAAACAGUCUUUCAGAGGAAGGUUAUCAACACCCACUUAUCUCACCUGGAACGCUGCCAAAGAGCUAAUUUCUAGACGCAGAGCAAGGCCAAACUUGGCACAGAGCCACAAACAGAAUUUUCAAAUCUUGAAUCGGCCAGAUGAACCAAUUGCUUCCUGCAAAACCUCACAUCCCAUUCACUUCUCUUUUAUGACUUAUGGGAGGGGCCAAUCAUCUCCAAGCCUUACUCCCAAGUUGACCCUGUCUCCUUAAUUGUUCUUGUCUCCUGGCAGCUCUGUGCUUGUGCACCCUGGGAACAGGCACAUUCUGUUCUUCUGCCUCGCUAGUGUCAGACUCCGGAGACUCCAGAGGCAGCAAAGAACUACCAGAUGGCCUUGGCCCCCUCUCUGCCUCUGACUCAGAGACAUUGUCCGAGCUUUUCCCAGACUCCAGGACUGGCCCACGUUCCUGCCCACUGUCCAAAUCUGCUGCCAGCUCUGCUGGCAUGCCACAAUAUGAUGCCUGCAGUGCCCUCACAGACUGACCAACCGCAGAGAUGCUGCAGCAUGUCCACCUACCUAUUUCCCAUCCCCUCCAUUUUGCCCUGCAAGGUCCCCACAGACACUAGGCCUGCUUUGCCACCCCACCAGGUUCCACCCCAUCCCGGUCUUCGUUCGCUCACUUUUCGAAGAGAUUCAGGGUAGGGAAGGAGGGCAGGGUGCUCUGUUGCUGGGCCUAUGUGGCCAAUUUUCCACAAUUGAGGAAAAGAUAUCAUGACAGUUUUCAUUUUAUCACUAGUCUUAGCUCCCCCAGCUUUAGCUACGCUAAUUUUAUGCUAGUGCAAUUAAUGCUGGGGGAGCGAAGGCUAACAAUAAAAGGAAAACUGGCAGGAUUUCUUCUUGAUUUUGCCACGUGGACCAGAAACAGAUUGGGCCUGUCCUCCUUCCCCAUCUUGAUCUCCUUAUCUCUGAGGAUCUUUGAAAGGUCAGCAUGCAAUGUGAUGGAGUGAGAAGGGGGAGGUCCAUAGGGCUGUGGGAACCCCAAAUGGUGGGAAGUGGAGCAUGGGUUAUCUCGGGGUAGGGAGAGCCUUUGGGAGGCCCAAUGCAGGUGGUUUUGUGCCUGCAUUAAGCCUCCCAGAGUCUCCCCCACUUUUGAGACACCCUACUUAAUGACAAAUGUAUUGGGGGGAAAAAGGGGGUCAUUAAUGAGACAAGUUCUUUAGAGAUUAUUCUGACUUCUGACAGCAAUAAGCAGGCUCUGUUACAGUUGUAACUCAAGGACUACCUGUAUUUCUUUGUGAGUGCUGCCCUAGUUAGAAAGGUCUUUACACAAAUAAAGAUGGCCCUAGAACCCACACAAGGAAGGCAACUAUCCACAUAUUGAAGGAAUAACUUUAGCAACAGAAAAUCUUCAGUUUUCAGUUAUUUUCUUGGAAGAAACCUAUUAGAAUAAGAGAGGGCUUCCCACUAUGGAAAUCUUCUUUGGAACUUGACAGAACUAUGGAAACGGGGGAAUGAGGAGCCAGGAAAGAUGAUGGCUGUAAUAGAUUUGCCCCCAAUCUCCUCUUUACAUGAGAAGAAUCACAGGGAAGGAGUAAAAAUGUCAGAAUUCUAUAGAAAUCUGUUCUGAACAUGAGCAAGAGACGUUCUUGCCUUCCCUUGAGGCAACUGUGAUAGCUGACUCUAAUUUCUGAAGAGCAGAUGGAAGACUCAUUUUCUGAGAAAUAAGGAGAAAAAAGACUGAUGCCUUAAUUUGGAUGGCUGCAGAAUACCUAUAGUAGUAUUUGAAUGUUUCUCUUCUUUGCCCUUUAAAGUCCUACUCCAUUUUAUAUCAGAAUGAUCUCCAUCCCAUCAUGGGUCAGAUAUAUUAUUCUGCUUGUACCUUGCAAAAGAGUACCCGAUGGUUUUCUACUUCUGGUAUUGAGAAGUGUGUUGUGGCUUUUGUUUUUCUUGGUUCUUGAAAAUCAAAAUAAGAUGAUGUGUUACACUCCUAAAAUAUAUACAUGUCAUUUGCUUACCAGUGAUUUGUACUGUGUAGUGCAUGCCCAUCCAUGCUUUUUCAGAAGUUCAGUGUAUUUGCAGAGAUUUUGUCCAAGAUAUGUAUAUAAAGGAAGGCAGGCUACAGUAUUUCAAACACACAAAAAAAUAGAAUGGUUUUAGAUUUAAAAAAAAUAGUUAAGGCUCCCCAAUCCUAUAUUUCUACUUCUGACAUACUGCAGCAAAUAUUCCAUAGUAUAGUUAGUUUUGUUUUAAAUUGAAAGUGGCAAAUCAUUUUAGUCUUGUUUGCAAUGCGUUAAUUAAAUUGAUGUUGAUGAGGAAAGGAAAUUGGAGGGUGCAUCAUAUAAUAGUAACAUAAAAUAAUAUGCAUUUAACCCCUUGAGUAAAUUGUACCAGGACUGGUGGCCAAGGGACAUAGUGAAGUGUAUCAGAUAUAUGGUGUAUGGGUCAGGGUUCAAACCAUCUUCCAUUUGUCUUGUAUUUCCCGCAGCACAAUCUUGAGUCCCACUUUUUGGAUACCCCAACUUUUUCCAGAACGAAGUAUGCUUUUAAUGACUAAUUCAAGCACUAGUUAGAAUUCUGUAAAAGCAUCAUAAGGUGGAUAUUGUACUUAAUACUCAUUGCAAGUACUUGAAAUAACUAGUCAAGCACAGUGUUAGAUUCACUUAAGAUACUGUAUUAUAAUCUAUUUUUGCAUUGUUUGCCACCUCUGCAGAAGAAGUUCAAAGGGAAUGUAAAUUUAAAUGGAGGCCCAUAUGAUAAAUGUACAUAGCAAAUAGCAUUAUCAUUUCUGUAUUACAUAAGGAAGGUUAUCACACUGUGCUGUACUUUAUCCUGUUUGAAAGCUGAGCACAGAAAUCAAGCUAUGGUUUGAAAUUUGCACAUGCACACUAUUUUAAUCCUGAUAAAUAUCUAUGGAGAUUCAGGUCAUGGUUAUCCCAAAGGUGCUUUUUCAAAAGGCAACUGGACUUUCUUAGUUUUUCUUCGAAGACAUUUCACUUCUCAUCCCAGAAGCUUCUUCAGUUCUGACUGAAUGGUGGAGAAUGGAAGGAUUUAUAUUGCAAUCAUCUGGUCAUUAGCAUUCUUUUUGAGAGUUGUUGAGGCCACUUGGAAGUUUAUCUGUGCCCUUGGGGUCAGCUGGAUAGCGCAAAUAGGUGUGGAACCUUCUUGGAACCGCUAUCAUUUAAUUCUGAUACCGGUUUUGACUACAAGUAUCAAAGGACAAGAUAUUGUAUUUUUUCCUCUCUUGAAAAUAUAUGGAGGAUUGAAUACUCACUUAAUAUUAAAAGUGGACAUAUAUUAUAAUAGUAUAGUAUAAUAUAUUGAAUGUCUGGUUCCACAUAACUUACGAGACUAGGAUAUAAUAGUUGAGGGGAAUUUAUGAUUCAGCAUCUUAUAGGAAUCCAGACACAGUCUUAACUUCCUAUGAACUACACCACCACUUUAAAGAAUAUGUGAUUUUUUAAAAAACAAAUUUGUUGGGCAUUGCUUGUUAUGUGAACACAGCAAAUGUAUUUUUAAUCCAGUUUUAAAGUACUGCAUUGAGCCAUUGUAUAUACCAGAUUUCAUUCUGAUAGUUCACUGGUCAUCUACCCAAAAAUGCUUAAUCAAAGUGUUAUGAAAUGUUUAAAAAAAAUAAAAAAAAUGAUACAAACUAGCAAAAUUCCAAAUCAACUGUCCCUGAAAGGCCCUUCUUUCAAUAAAUUUUCUAUAAUGCUGUUU